GGGCUCCGGGCGCGCCGAGCGGAGCCGCGCCGAGCCGAGCCGAGCCGGGGGAGCGCGGGGUGCUGCGGGCUUGGCAGAGCCGCCGCCGCCCCGUCCGAACCCUGGAUUGCCGGAGCCCUUCACCAUGCCCGGCAGGCUGUAGGUGCUUCAUGGAGCAAGCCAACUUCUACGAGGUCGAUUCCCGGCCCCCGAUGAGCAGCGGCCAGCACCACCAGCUCCAGACUCCCCUGCCCGGCAGCGCCUACGGCUACAGAGAGGCUCCCUCGGCGGCGGCACCUGCUGCGGGCGGCGCGGAGCUCGGCGACAUCUGCGAGAACGAGCACUCCAUCGACAUCAGCGCCUACAUCGACCCCGCCGCCUUCAACGACGAGUUCCUGGCCGACCUCUUCCAGCACAGCAAGCAGCAGGAGAAGCACAAGGCCGUCCUGGCCGGGGAUUUCGAUUUCCACGGCAUGCACGGGGCCGGCGCGGCCGCCUCGGCGCCGGGGCACCACCCGCAGCACCAGCAGCAGCCGCUGUUCGGCUGCGCGGCCGGCUACAUGGACGGCAAGCUCGACCCGCUGUACGAGCGCAUCGCCGCGCCGGGGUUGCGGCCGCUGGUCAUCAAGCAGGAGCCCCGCGAGGAGGAGGAGGUGAAGGCGGCGGCCCUGGCGGCCCUCUACCCGCACCCGCAGCAGCACCCGUCCCACCUGCAGUACCAGAUCGCCCACUGCGCGCAGACCACCGUGCACCUGCAGCCCGGGCACCCCACGCCGCCCCCCACGCCCGUGCCCAGCCCGCACCACCCGCACCACCCGCACCCCCCGGGCGCGCUGCCCGCCGCUCCCGGCGCCCUCAAGAUGAUGCCCGCCGACCACCGCGGCAAAUCCAAAAAGACAGUGGACAAGAACAGCAACGAGUACCGCGUGCGCCGGGAGCGCAACAACAUCGCGGUGCGCAAGAGCCGGGACAAGGCCAAGCAGCGCAACGUGGAGACGCAGCAGAAGGUGCUGGAGCUCACCACCGACAACGAGCGGCUGCGGAAGCGGGUGGAGCAGCUCAGCCGGGAGCUGGAGACUCUGCGGGGCAUCUUCAGGCAGCUGCCCGAAAGCUCGCUGGUGAAGGCCAUGGGCAGCUGCGCCUAGCCGGGCCCUCCCGCGGCUCCGUGCGCUCCGAGCGGUGCCGGAGCGGGCUCAGAUUGCGGGGGGUGGGCUUUAUUUUUCCUUUUCUUUUUCUUUUUUUUUUUUUCUUUUUUUUUUUCCCCAACAGUAAUGACCAAUAAAAGAAGCCAG